AAUGCCUGGGUUGUCAGUUUGCUGCCUGUGGGAAUAUGAAUAUACAUAAAGUGAGUUACAAUGCUCUAAAGUUAUUCCUAGAAAGAUGAGAGGCCCCGGCAUCUAAUAUGCUUUAGAUUUGGGACAGGCUUUCCCAGAAGUAUGAGAUUCCUUUCAUUCCUGUGGAAAGGAGCUGGUAUUGCACACUUCAUCGAUAGGUUAGUGCACCAGGAAAUUAAAAUGGGAAACAGAGGGAACUACUGAUUGUUAUGGUCAAAAUUUCUCUAAAGGAAACUCCACAAAGAAGAAUGUCAGAUGCAGGGGAGUCCCCACUAGAAGAAGCAGAAGAAGAUGGAGAAACAGAAAUGGAAGAAGAGUAUAACCAAUAUUAUAGAGAGAUGGAAAGUAUGCAACAGGAAUUAAAAGAAGAUGACAUAUUAGUACGGAAAGAGCCUCAGCAGGAGGGGGAGCAAGAGGAGGAGGAAGAGGAAGGAGAGGAGGAAGGGAGAGAGGAAGAGGAAGAGAAGGAAGGAGUGGAGGACAAAGGGGAGGAGGGGGAGGAAGGGGUAAAGGAGGAGGAGGCCGUCAGAGAAGAAAUAGAGGAAAAGCCUGGAGCAGCACAGGAGGAGGGGGCUGCGGGACAGGAAGAAACUACAGUGAAGCCUCCAGAAGUCACCAAGUCCAUGACCAGUUUGAAGAGACUUACAUUGACUGAUUCCCAGUCAGUCAUGUCAGGAACUUCCCUAAGAACCCUUAGCGAGUCAAAGCAUGCAUUAGAAUCAGAGCAUUCUGAAACAAAUGAGCUUUUAAGAGACUUGAGCUCAGAACUAAGAUUUCUUGAUUUGGAUCAAACCCGUUCUGAGGAACAAGAUAAUAGUUUCCCUGAAACACAGUCCUCAAGUGAGCUCAGGGAGAAAAUCGACCAGAUGCCCCAAGAUGAAUUGGGACGAGAAAGGAGAGAAGAGAAAAGAUUAUCAUACUUAAGUGACGAACAAGAGAAAGAAUUCCAGUCCAAAGCAGAGAUCCCGGAGAAAUCACUGGUGUCUGCCAGCGAGGACAUUUUGUUUCAAAAGGAUGACCGUGCCAACGUGUAUCCUUUGACCAUGACUUGGUCUUUCGGAUGGAACAAUUCUCUUCCUGUUUACUAUAUUCGAGACGAAAACCAGAGAGUUCUUCUGUAUGUCUGUGCUCACACUGCGGUCAUCUACAAUGUUUUCAAGAAUACUCAGCACCAUCUUCAGGGCCACCCUAAUGUGAUCUCCUGCCUCUGCAUCAGUGAAGACAGGCGGUGGAUUGCCACGGCUGACAAAGGGCCCAACUGCCUGAUAAUUAUAUGGGACUCCUUCACAGGCAUUCCUGUGCACACGAUAUUUGACAGCUGCCCAGACGGCAACGGCAUCGGGGCCAUAGCCAUCACCCGGGACGCCAAGUAUCUGGCAACCAUCUCGGAUGCUGAAAUCCAGAAAGUUUGCAUCUGGAGGUGGACUUUAGCAGUGGAAACGCCAGCGUGUACGCUCAACCUUCCCAAAGAGUAUGGUGUUCAGUAUGAAGAGGGAAAUAUACUUGCUUACAGUGCCCCACGUUUAACAGAAAAAACAUUCAACAAGCUUGUGGGAAAAUUCAGCCAGUCAGUCUUUCAUUUGAAUUUAACACAAAUACUCUCAGCAACAAUGGAAGGGAAGCUGGUUGUCUGGGACAUACACCGCCCGCCAUCCUCUGCCUCCGCCUUGGUGGGCUCUCCUCACAUUAAACCUUGUAAAUUGGUUCAUUUGCAGAAAGAGGGCAUCACUGUGCUCACUACAGUUGAUAGCUAUAUUGUCACAGGUGAUAUUAGAGGCAACAUUAAGUUCUACGAUCACACCCUGUCCAUUGUUAACUGGUACAGCAACUUCCAACUGAGCUCCAUAAGGACCCUGUCGUUUUCAAAGACCCCAGCAGCUCCGCCCACUGAAAAAUCAAACUAUCCUCCAGACUGCACUUUAAAAGGUGACCUUUUUAUUGUAAGGAAUCUUAUCAUUGGAACAUCUGAUGCAACAGUGUACCACUUAACGACAGAUGGGACCAAACUUGAGAAGUUAUUCGUGGAGCCCAAGGAUGCGAUUUGUGCCAUCUCCUGCCAUCCAUACCAACCCCUCAUCGCCAUUGGGAGUUUCUGUGGGAUGAUCAAAGUGUGGGAUUAUGAAAAGAAAAAGUACCUUUUCAGCAGGGUCUUUGAGAAGGGGCUUGGCGUCCAGAGUCUAACCUACAAUCCUGAAGGAGCCCUUCUUGGAGCUGGCUUCACUGAGGGGACAGUUUAUAUUCUUGAUGCAAUGUCCUUAGAAAACCAAAUCCCAGAGCCUUUCAAAUAUUCCAGAACCAAUGUGACUCAUAUCAGCUUCUCCCAUGACUCCCAGUACAUGGCAACUGCUGAUGUACACUUUACUGUGGCUGUUUACAUGGUGGUAGUCAAAAAUGGACACCGGGUUUGGGAAUAUCUGGCAAGGCUUCGUUCUCAUCGCAAAAGCAUCCGCAGUCUCCUGUUUGGGGUUCAUCUGGACAGCAAUGAGCCGAGACUGCUGAGCCUCGGGAGAGACAGGCUCUUGAUUGAAUAUAAUCUUCUCAAGAGCUACAGAGACAACCUGGAGGUCCUGGACAUUCACCGCACCGACCAGGGCAACUAUCCCACCUGUAUGGUCUGGUACCCACCACUCACCAAGGAACUCUUCCUGCUCAUUUGCAACAGUGGCUACAAAGUGAAACUUUUUAAUUCUACCACCAAAAUGUGCAGAAAGACACUUCUUGGGCCGGUUUUUGGGUCUCCCAUUGAGCAGAUACAAAUCCUCCCAGUGAAAACCACCUUGGAACUGCAGAAACGCUACAUGGUGUUUAUUAACAGAGACAAGGUUGGACUUCAGAUCUUACCAGUUGAUGGCAAUCCACACAAGACAUCCGCUAUUAUAUGCCACCCCAACGGGGUGGCGGGAAUGGCCCUUUCCUACGAUGGCUGCUAUGCCUUCACAGCUGGAGGACAGGAUCGAUCGGUGGUGCAGUGGGAAAUCAACUUAAGUGCUCUGGAGGCAGCAGUUUCUCUUGGGGGCGAAGACUUGACCCCGUUCUAUGGUCUGGUGCCUGGUGGCAGGGAAGGAAAAUUCUACAGGGAGCUGGAAGACUAUUUUUACUAUUCUCAGCUCCGUAGUCAAGGUAUUGAUACAAUGGAGACCAGGAAGGUGUCGGAACACAUUUGCCUGUCAGAGCUUCCUUUUGUCAUGAGAGCAAUUGGCUUUUACCCAUCGGAAGAAAAGAUUGAAGAUAUGUUUAAUGAAAUCAGAUUUAGUGAGUAUGUGGACACUGGAAAGCUAAUUGACAAAAUCAACUUACCGGAUUUCUUCAAAGUUUACCUCAAUCACAGACCACCUUUCGGUAACACCAUGAGCGGCAUCCAGCAGAGCUUUGAUGUUCUUGGUUUUACCAAUUCAAAAGGAAAGAAGGCCAUACGAAGAGAAGAUUUCCUGAAACUGCUUCUAACGAAAGGUGAGCACAUGACCGAAGAGGAGAUGGGCGACUGUUUUGCUACCCUGUUCGGACUGAAUCCUGAGGGGUGGAAAUCUGAGCCUGCGGCCUCCUCUGUCAAAGGUUCAGAAAUCUGCUUUGAAGAAGAACUUCCAGACGAAAUCACUGCAGAAAUAUUCACGACAGACAUUCUUGGCCUAACCAUUUCACAAGAUUUCAGACAAGAUCCUAUGGACUCCCUGUGUGCCUGUGGCUCGUCUCAGAAACCUCGGUUUCGUCCUGGAACAGCUCCUGGCUGGUUGAGAGGAUUAAAGGAGAGGGUGCAAGUAAAGCGUUACCAGCAUAAGGCAGAGCUCAAAAUAGGACAGCAGCUAUUAUUACAGGACAAACUGCACAGAGACCUGGGGAGGUGGUUGAUGAGCACUAACUGUCUCCAGUUCCAAAGUUUUGGCUUCCUUAGCGCUUGCCCAAAUAGGGGUCUCUGCUGGCUUUGACAAAGGGCCCUCAAUAGUAUCUGUGGAAUGACUGGACAGAUGCACUUGGAGCUCUUUAAUAGCUGGCUUUGCUUUCAAAUAAAGGCAAACGCCAGGUCCUGCCAGGCUCUCUACAUCGGGUCAGCAGACUUUCUCUAUAAAGAUCCAGAGAGUAAAUAUUGAGCCUCUGCAGGUCAAAUGGGCUCUGUCACAAUCCCUGACUUGGCCAUUGGAGUACAAAGGCAACCACAGACAAUCUAGAAAUGAAUGAUUAUCACUGCGUUCCAAUCAUGUUUACUUGUGGACACUGAAAUGGGAAUUCACGAUAAUUUCCAUAUAUCACAAAAUCACCUUCUUUUGAUUUUUUUUUCAACCAUAAAAAAAUGUGAAAACCAUUCUUAACUUGCAAGCCACAUUUGUCCCUCGGGCUGUAGGCCACUCUGCCUCCGAGACCAGGAUCACUCAUCCCAGCAGAUUUUUAUGAACACAGUGCAUCUUUACAACUGACCUGACCAGUGCUCUUUAA